AUGCUGAUUCUGAAGCACAUUGAGCAGAAAAUAUCAAAAAUUCCACCAGGGCCAUAUCCAUGGCCUGUGAUAGGAAAUGUCUUCCAGAUGGGGAGAAAUCCCCAUAUCAAGCUAGCUAGCAUGGCCCGAAUUUACGGCCAGGUAAUGUCGUUCAGGCUCGGGGCGAGCCUCGUGGUGGUGGGAUCAUCCCCAACUGCUGCUAUGGAAAUACUUAAAACACAAGAUCGGUUUUUAUCUGGAAGAUAUCUUUCAUAUACUCAUCCAGCCUCCAGCCCGAAAGUGAACAAAUUUGCUGUAGGGUUUGCUAAUGAAUGCGAUGAUCAGUGGAAGUUCCUCCGGUCAAUUUGUCGGGCUGAGCUUUUCUCCGGCAAGGCCCUUCAAUCUCAGAUGAAGAUUAGAGAAAAGAACGUGAUAAAUAUGGUGAGAUAUUUGCAUGCAAAACAAGGGCAGGUGGUGAAUAUCAGUGAAUUAAUAUUUAACACACUGUUAAAUACAAAUUGCAAUAUGUUGUUCUCAAUGGAUGUUUUUGGGCCGGACGGCGGCGGUAAAGGGAUGGAGGUUAAGAAAUUGGUAGUUGCUAGGCAAGUUCCAUUUGUUGUAGCUACGUUGAUGCAUGAGAUAGUCUGGUCUCUUCCAGGUUACAACAGCCCGACUGAGUUGAACAUGGACGAGGUGUAUCAUAUUGAGCUACUAAAGAAGGAACCUUUGCAACUCAUUCCACAAAUUAAGAGACAAUUGUGA